AUGAAUGAAUUAAGCGAGCAAUUAGGUCAAACUGAAGAUCUAUUUAAUGAGUUCAAAAUUGAGAUUGAAGGACAAAAAGCUGAGCCGCAACAACAUGAAUUAAUGGAACAAAUCGAUAAAUGGGAAUACGAAUCGAUCGAAAGGAUUCGACAAGUGGCAAAUGAAGUUCGUCAGGAACUCUCAUCAUAUAUCAUCACAUUUGUCAGCGAUCUAGAUUUUGAAUUCAAAAAGUUGAGAGAGCAAUUGAUUCAAUGUCGUAAAGAUGAAGAUUUUAUUGAUACAGAUGUUCGAUUUUUCAAUGAAGAACUCAAAAGAUUAAAAGACAUUCUUAACAAUCCACCAACUUUGAAAAUUCAAUACGAUUCAACAUCUCUCAUCAAUAAGAUUUAUUUUAAAAAGGAAGUUCUUCCGUUACGUGGAAAUUCCAUUGACAUUCAUCCGAAUGCUCGAUGGCAACAGAAUGGCCUGACUAUAGCUGGAGGUAAUGGGCAAGGUAAUGGAAGCCAUCAACUUGAUGAUCCAUUGGGAUUAUAUGUUGAUAACGAUCAAACUAUCUAUGUCGCUGAUAGUUCGAAUCACCGUGUUAUGGAAUGGAAAUGGGGUGCAAUGAUUGGCCAAGUGGUUGCCGGUGGCAAUGGACCAGGAAGUGGGACAUAUCAGUUGUCUGACCCAAGAGACGUGAUUGUCGACAAAGACACAGAUAGUCUAAUCAUUUCCGAUUAUUCAAAUAAAAGAGUGGUUCGAUGGCCUCGUCAAAAUGGGACAAAUGGAGAAACAAUUAUCUCGAACAUCCAUUGUAUAGGUUUGACAAUGGAUGAGAAUGCAUCGUUCUAUGUCAUUGACAAUGAAAACGAUGAAGUGAGACGAUAUCAAAGAGGCGAAUCUCAAGGAACAGUGAUUGCAGGUGGCAAUGGAACUGGAAAUCGCCUUGAUCAACUCUCUGACCCACAAUACGUAUUCGUUGAUCGAGACCACUCAGUGUACGUCUCUGAUUUAGGAAAUCAUCGUGUGAUGAAAUGGUUGGAAGGUGCAAAAGAAGGUAUUGUCGUGGCUGGUGGUCAAGGAGAAGGAAAUGAUCUCACACAAUUGUCACAUCCUCGAGGAGUCGUUGUGGAUCAGUUGGGCACUGUCUAUGUGGCUGAUGUAGGAAAUGAUCGAAUCAUGCGUUGGCCCAAAGGAGCCACACAAGGAAGUGUCAUUAUUGGUGGAAAAGGUGCAGGAAAACAAUCAAACCAACUCGAUGGACCUUUCGGUUUGUCAUUCGAUCGAUAUGGUACUCUAUAUGUCGUCGAUUUGGGAAAUUAUCGAGUACAGAAAUUCAAUAUAGAUUCAAAUAAAUAA